AUAUAUAUAUAUACAUAUAUAUAUUUCUAUACAUGUUGAUUUCUUACCUUUGCAGCUCCAUCCCAUUCUCGAUCAAGUUUGUGCGCUUUGUCUACUGAUUCUAUAUAUCUAAUCUGUCCCUAUCUAUAACACGAUGGGGUCGUUAAAGCAAGAACAUGAAUUGGACACGAUCGGGGAAGAAUCCAAGGAACCAAUCUUGUACGUUAAUGGUGUUCGUCGAGUCCUACCUGAUGGUUUGGCUCACUUGACUCUGCUUGAGUAUCUCCGAGAUGUAGGUCUGACUGGGACGAAGCUAGGUUGUGGUGAAGGUGGUUGUGGGGCUUGUACUGUGAUGGUUUCUUAUUUUGAUGAAAACUCGAAGAAAUGUGUGCAUUAUGCUGUCAAUGCAUGCUUGGCUCCUUUGUAUUCUGUGGAAGGGAUGCAUGUAAUUACAGUGGAAGGAGUUGGUAACCGUAGAUAUGGCCUGCAUCCGGUUCAGGAAUCAUUAGCAGUAUCUCAUGGCUCACAGUGUGGAUUUUGUACUCCUGGUUUUAUUAUGUCGAUGUAUGCAUUAUUAAGGUCAAGUCAAACACCACCUACUGAAGAGCAGAUUGAAGAAAGCCUUGCAGGAAAUUUGUGCCGAUGCACUGGUUACAGACCAAUUGUUGAUGCAUUUCAAGUCUUUGCAAAAACUAAUGAUAUGCUAUACACUGAUGCAUCUCUAAGUAGCACUCCAAGGGGUGAGUUUGUUUGCCCGUCAACUGGAAAACCAUGCUCAUGUGGAUCAGAAACUGUUUGCAAAGAUGAUACCAAUGAACAAAAAACAGCUUGUGGUGAAAGGUAUGAGCCUAUCUCAUACAGUGAGAUCGAUGGAAAGAUGUAUACCAACAAAGAGCUCAUUUUUCCUUCUGAGCUGGUAUUGAGGAAACUCACAUAUCUAAGUUUGAAAGGGUCUGGUGGGCUUAAGUGGUACCGACCCUUACGACUUCAACACGUUUUAGAUUUGAAAUCAAGAUACCCAGAUGCAAAAUUGGUGAUAGGUAAUACUGAGAUAGGUAUUGAAAUGAGGUUAAAAGGAAUUCAGUAUCAAGUUUUGGUCUGUGUUGCAUGUGUACCUGAACUAAAUAAAUUGAGCAUUAAGGAUGAUGGUUUGGAGAUAGGUGCUGCAGUAAGAUUGUCUGAACUUUCUAAAGUUUUUAGAAAGGCAAAUAAACAGCGAGCUGAUCAUGAGACUUCAUCCUGCAAAGCCUUCAUUGAACAGAUAAAAUGGUUUGCUGGUACACAGAUAAAAAAUGUUGCAUCUGUUGGUGGGAACAUCUGUACAGCCAGUCCAAUAUCAGACUUGAAUCCUCUCUGGAUGGCUGCAGGAGCAAAAUUUCAAAUUGUUGAUUGCCAGGGAAACAUUAGAACGGUUGCAGCAGAAAAUUUCUUCCUUGGUUAUCGUAAGGUUGAUCUGGCAAGUACUGAAAUUUUACUCUCAGUUUUUUUACCUUGGACUAGACCAUUUGAAUUUGUGAAAGAAUUUAAGCAGGCUCAUCGAAGGGAUGAUGAUAUUGCCAUUGUAAAUGCUGGAAUUCGUGUUUGUCUUGAAGAAAAGAAUGAAAAAUGGGUAGUUUCAGAUGCAUCAAUUGCAUAUGGUGGGGUUGCUCCUCUUUCUCUUUCUGCAACAAAAACAAAAGAUUACCUUAUUGCAAAGACUUGGAACAAUGAGCUGUUGCAGGGUGCUUUGAAAGUCCUGGAAAAGGACAUUUUGAUCAAGAAAGAUGCACCUGGCGGGAUGGUGGAGUUUCGGAGAUCUUUAACAUUAAGUUUCUUCUUCAAAUUUUUCCUUUGGGUUUCUCAUCAAAUGGAAGGGAAGUCAUCCUUCACUGAGAGUGUAUCAUUAUCUCAUCUAUCUGCUGUGCAAUCAUUUCAUCGACCAUCUGUCAUUGGAAGCCAGAACUAUGACAUUAUAAAACAAGGGACAGCUGUGGGGUCUCCUGAGGUUCAUCUGUCUGCGAGACUUCAGGUUACUGGUGAGGCAGAAUACACUGAUGACACACCAAUGCCUCCCGCAGGCUUACAUGGUGCUCUAAUAUUGAGCCAAAAACCUCAUGCUCGUAUACUUUCUAUUGAUGAUUCAGGAGCCAAGUCCUCACCUGGAUUUGCAGGAAUUUUUUUUGCUAAAGAUGUCCCAGGUGAUAAUAUGAUUGGGCCAGUUAUUUCUGAUGAGGAACUUUUUGCUACAGAAUUUGUCACUUGUGUGGGACAGGCUAUCGGAGUGGUGGUUGCUGAUACCUAUCAACAUGCAAAACUAGCAGCAAGAAAGGUUCAUAUUCAGUAUGAAGAGCUCCCAGCAAUCCUUUCAAUAGAGGAUGCCGUGAAAUGUAACAGUUUCCAUCCUAAUACAGAGAGGUGUUUAGAAAAAGGAGACGUAGACCUUUGUUUUCAAUUAGGUCAAUGUGACAGAAUCAUUGAGGGUGAGGUUCAAAUAGGAGGUCAGGAACAUUUUUACUUGGAGCCACAGAGCAAUUUAGUAUGGACUAUGGAUGGUGGCAAUGAGGUUCAUAUGAUUUCAUCCACCCAAGCCCCUCAGAAACACCAAAAGUACGUUUCCCAUGUCCUUGGCCUUCCCAUGUCAAAAGUGGUUUGCAAAACCAAACGAAUUGGUGGUGGAUUUGGUGGAAAAGAGACAAGAUCAGCUUUUCUGGCUGCUGUGGCUUCUGUUCCAUCAUACUUUUACAACUGACCUGUCAAACUAACUUUAGACAGGGAUAUAGAUAUGAUGAUAACUGGGCAGAGGCAUAGCUUUCUUGGAAAGUACAAGGUUGGAUUUAAAAAUGAUGGAAAGGUUCUUGCUCUUGAUCUUGAAAUAUACAAUAAUGCUGGAAAUUCACUUGAUUUGUCUCUUGCUAUACUUGAACGUGCUAUGUUUCAUUCUGAUAAUGUCUAUGAGAUCCCAAAUGUCAAGAUAAAUGGAAGGGUUUGCUUCACUAAUUUUCCUAGCAAUACUGCUUUCCGAGGAUUCGGUGGUCCUCAAGGUAUGCUUAUUACUGAAAAUUGGAUUCAAAGAAUAGCCCUGGAACUCAAGAAAAGUCCCGAAGAGAUUAGGGAAAUAAAUUUUUUGAGUGAAGGAUCGGUAUUACAUUUUGGUCAACAAAUUCAACACUGUACCCUGCAGCGGCUCUGGAAUGAACUGAAGUCAUCAUGUGACUUUCUGAAGGCUCGAAAAGAAGUUGAAAAGUUUAAUUUUCAUAAUCGAUGGAAGAAGCGUGGGGUUGCUAUGGUACCAACAAAAUUUGGCAUUUCGUUUACAACCAAAUUCAUGAACCAGGCAGGCGCUCUUGUACAAGUUUACACUGAUGGAACAGUGUUAGUUACACAUGGGGGUGUUGAGAUGGGGCAAGGUUUACAUACAAAAGUUGCUCAGGUUGCUGCUUCUUCGUUCAAUAUUCCUCUCAGUUCUGUGUUUAUAUCAGAGACAAGUACUGAUAAGGUUCCAAAUGCAUCACCAACAGCAGCUUCUGCAAGCUCUGAUAUGUAUGGUGCUGCAGUGUUAGAUGCUUGUGAGCAAAUAAAAGCACGGAUGGAGCCUGUCACCUCAAAGCAGAAAUUUAAUUCUUUUGCAGAGCUGGCAACUGCAUGUUAUAUGGAGCGAAUUGAUCUCUCUGCUCAUGGAUUUUACAUUACACCUGAUAUCGGAUUUGACUGGAAAACUGGUAAAGGAAAUCCCUUCAGGUACUUCACCUAUGGGGCUGCGUUUGCAGAGGUCGAAAUUGACACAUUGACUGGGGAUUUCCACACAAGGACAGCAAACAUUUUCCUUGAUCUUGGAUAUUCUAUCAAUCCAGCAAUUGAUGUUGGACAGAUUGAAGGAGCAUUUAUACAAGGCAUGGGAUGGGUAGCCUUGGAAGAGCUAAAAUGGGGUGAUGCUGCCCAUAGGUGGAUUCGACCUGGCUCUUUGUAUACGUGUGGGCCUGGAAGUUACAAAAUUCCUUCCUUGAAUGACGUUCCUUUCAAAUUCAGCAUUUCACUUCUAAAGGAUGCUCCAAAUGUAACGGCCAUCCAUUCAUCAAAAGCUGUGGGUGAGCCUCCCUUCUUUCUUGCUUCAUCCGUCUUCUUUGCCAUCAAAGAUGCCAUUAUAGCCGCAAGAGCAGAAGCAGGUUACAACGACUGGUUUCCUCUUGAUAAUCCUGCAACGCCUGAACGGAUUCGGAUGGCUUGUACUGAUGAAUUUACCACACGAUUUGUCAACUCAGAUUUCCGCCCUAAACUUAGUGUUUGA